AUGGCAUUGCAGGAGCUCGACAGCCUGAGCCUGAAGGAAGUGCUGGACGAGGACUCCCGGCCAACCUUUAUCAUCGACCUAGACCCAGACUUUGUGAACGAAGAUAGCACAAUCCAUCCGAUCUUUUGCAAUGCGGCGCUAAAGCUGCACAGUCGGCUGCUGGACAGCAUCACCGAGCCCCCCGUGGCAGUUCAUAGUAGCAACCCCACCACAGCAACGCACGAUGAAUUUCGAAGCUGGGUCACAAGCGUCAGCAGAUCCAACAGCUCGAAGGACGUUUUCCCACUCACGCUUUUGUAUCAAGGCUUGUUGUGGACUGCUUCCACUAUUCGCCGAAGAUGGCGAAUAAUCUCCGGAAAUGCCUUGUAUCGCGCAUCCGACAUUCCCAGGAAAGGCCUUUCGGAUGCACUGCCAGUACGCCCUAGGCUUAUCAAGCGUGAUUCUGAAGCUGCAAAGGCACGCAGAGCAGCCGCUCCUGCUGCUACAGUACCAACGAAUUCACCACCAUCCAUUUACCCAGCACCUGAAUCAGCUUCCACAACUUUGACCAAUACCCUCAGCAGCAAGAGCAAUGCAGGCAGUGGUGCUGCCGUAACGAUAUCCACACCAGAUGAUGUUGUGCCCGAUUACACAGCCGCAAAACCCAAAGGGAUUCUUACCGAGCACAUCAUUUUCUUCCGGAGUUUUGACUGGGCAAGCACUCCACUAGGUGAUAUGAACACAUGGUCAUCAUCACUUCGGGAGAUUGUCAAUCUUGUUAUUCGAAGCCCGUAUCCAUGUGCAUUAUUCUGGGGCGAGGAGUUGUCAGUUAUCUACAAUGAAGCGUACAAGAUCGAAGUCGCUGGAAACAAGCAUCCAGGACUCAUGGGUACUGGAUUCGACGGCCCAUUUUCCGAAGUCUGGGACGGCGUCAGUUCGACCUUCCAGGACUGCGCACUUACCGGGAAGGCAGUUAGAAGAGAGAACGACUGUUUCCCUCUCGAGCGAUUCGGAUAUCUGGAAGAGACAUUUUUCUCAUGGUCCAUUACGCCCGUGUAUGGCGGAACUGACAAGAUCCUGGGUUUCUACAAUGCGCCUUUUGAGACAACUUCCAACACAGUCAGCAGCAGAAGGAUGCACAUGCUAAGAUAUCUCGGUGAACGACUUAAUUCAACACGCACCGUGAAAGAGUUCUGGAAGCGCUGUCUGGAAGGACUCGAGCUCGACACUAUUGACGUCCCUUUUGCACUACUGUAUUCGAUCGUUGAUAACGAUGACACGGAUACGGCAUCUGCGUCCUCUGACAGCACCAUUUCGCUAAAAUCCUGCGUGUUGGAAGGAUCGAUUGGCAUUCCUGAAGGACAUCCUGCGUCACCACGAAGACUCGACCUGAAGCGCAGCCAAGAAGGUUUCGUCCCAGCAUUCAGGGAGGCAAUGCGGACUCGCGAACCCACAACGCUGCAGACAAGAGACGGGACAUUACCAGAGGCGCUGCUCGAAGGCAUCACGUGGAGGGGAUACGGAGAUCCGUGCAAAGAAGCAAUCAUUUUUCCCGUCCGGCCGACAAAUGGGGAAACAGUGUUCGCGUUCUUAUUGAUAGGCGUGCAGCCUCGCAGGGCCUACGAUGAAGAAUACAAGGCAUUUGCAAGCAUGCUCAACAGACAGUUGGCAACAACACUCGCGUCCGUCAUUCUUUUUGAGGACGAGAUGAAACGAAGCAGAAAUGCCGCGGAGCUGGCUCACAUUCAGCGCGAGCAGCUGAGUCGUGAGUUAGCCUUGCAGACCAGUCGCAUGCGACGUAUGACGGAGCUUUCCCCAUUGGGCAUGUACCUUUACAGCCCAGAGGGUCUGCUUCUGGAGGGCAACGAUCGAUACUUUGAAUUGACAGGACAUGCUAGAGAAGCUUACGGUGAAUUUUCAUUCUUGGGCAUAAUGGCAGAUGAAAGUGUGCAGCCAUGCCAGGAGAUGUGGGAACAGCUUGUGCAGACCAAGAAAGCUUGUACACGCGAACUCAGGCUGAACAAUCCCCACGUACAACCUCGUGAUGUCAGUGGUAAUCCCAUAGCAUUCUGGGUUCUAGCAAACUCUGCCCCUGAGCUAAAUCUGGACGGCGAGAUAGUAAGCAUAAUGGGGUCCAUCACCGACAUUUCGCAGUUUAAGUGGGCGCAAGGGCUGCAUGAGACUCGCCUCCGAGAAGCCGAGGAGACGAAACGGCAACAGAAUGAAUUUAUCGACAUCACUUCUCACGAGAUGCGCAACCCUCUCUCUGCCAUUUUGAUCUGCUCGGACGACAUUCGAGACACUCUCGCUCAGCACACGUUCCGUGAAGCGGACAAAGGACUUAUAGCAGACUGCAUCGAAGCGGCUAACAAUAUCGCGCUAUGCGUGCAACAUCAGAAGUCCAUCGUGGACGAUAUCCUGACUGUCUCCAAGCUCGACUCGAACCUUCUGCUCAUCACACCAGUACCAGCGCAACCGCUUGCAGUUGUCCAGCGCGCCAUGAACAUGUUUAAGCCAGAGGUGCAGGCCAAGAAUAUCGACUUUAUGUUCUAUCCUGACCAGUCUAUGGAGGAUCUCAAGAUUGACUGGGUUCUAUUGGAUCCAAGUCGAUUGCUUCAGAUAACGGUAAACCUGAUCACCAACGCUAUCAAAUUCACACAAGCUGCAUCGCAGCGUGCAAUCUCAGUGCAUGUCAGUGCGACUUCGGCUGAGCCUGACACAUACGGCAAGAGAUUUCAAUUCGUGCCUGCAAGAGAAGGUCCUCUCCUAGAUGUAACAACAGGUGAAGACUGGGGCACUGGCGAGCUACUCUAUCUGCGAGUCGAGGUUCGGGACACUGGUUGUGGGUUGACGCCCGAGGAGAAAGACCUGCUUUUUGAACGGUUUGCGCAAGCAUCUCCACGUACGCACGCACACUACGGUGGAAGCGGCCUCGGCCUCUUCAUCUCGCGUCAACUUGCAGAACUACAUGGUGGGCAGAUUGGCGUGGCUUCUACAGCAGGCGUGGGGAGCACCUUCGGUUUCUUCAUUCAGUGCAAACGCACCAUCUCAUCAAGCCGGCCAGUCACGCACCGAACAUUGACCAGCCAGAGCACAGAUCACGCUGAAAAGAACAAGGACCUAGCAGCAUCGGUAUCAGGAAUGGACAUUAAGCCGCCCAAGCCCGCGGAGAUACUGGCCAAGACACCAGGUACCGCGAUAUCACCAGCUACAGCAUCUAAAGAUGCGAAAUCCCCAUCCCCAGAUUCCGGACCUCUUCAUAUCCUUGUUGUAGAAGACAACAUCGUCAAUCAGAAGGUCCUUGCCAAGCAGCUUCGCAAAGCCGGCUGCAUCGUCUCCACGGCCGACAAUGGAUUCUUCGCGCUCACCGAACUCAAAAAGACAGCAUACUACACGCCCGACGGCCCACCACUGUCUAUCAUUCUCAUGGACUGGGAGAUGCCAGAGAUGAACGGGCUGGAGUGCGCACGGGAGAUCCGGCGUAUGCAAGCCGAGGGCGAGAUCGAAGGGCAUGUGCCUAUCAUUGCAGUCACGGCAAACGUGAGAGGUGAGCAAAUUGCAACGGCGCGGGAAAGCGGAAUGGAUGAUGUUGUCAGCAAGCCUUUCCGGGUGCCAGAGUUAUUGUUGAAGAUUAAGGAUUUAUUGAACAGCUUUAGUAACGCAUGA